AUGAGCUUACCAAGAGCCAAGCGCAGUCGCUUCACACCUCAGCCCAGCUUCCGAAGGUCGGAUGGAGAAGACGGUGAAAUUGAUGUCCUGGGAGAGGAGGAAGAUGAAGACGAGGAGGAAGAGGAAUACCAGGAGGUGGAGGGGAGCCCGAAACACCUAGAACGGCCGCACCAACCCGGGCCUCAGGGGGCGCGACCCGCUGCGAUUCCAGUUCCCAGAGAGGGCACCGAGGGCGGCUAUGGCCAGAGCGACUCCCCGGAGUUUGUCAGCAAGUUCAGGGCUCAGACGAGGUCCGCGGCGGCCUCUGGGGAUGCCCCGCAGCCGACCAAGCCCCCCUACUCGUACAUCGCACUCAUCACCAUGGCCAUCCUGCAGAGCCCGCACAAGCGCCUCACGCUCAGCGGUAUCUGUGCCUUCAUCAGCGGCCGCUUCCCCUACUACCGCCGCAAGUUCCCAGCCUGGCAAAACAGCAUUCGUCACAACCUCUCGCUCAACGACUGCUUCGUCAAGAUCCCCCGCGAGCCGGGCCAUCCCGGCAAGGGCAACUAUUGGAGCCUGGAUCCCGCCUCCCAGGACAUGUUUGACAACGGCAGCUUCCUUCGACGAAGGAAGCGUUUCAAGCGCCACCACCCGUCCCAAGGCGGUCACUUGUACCACCCUUUCCCACUGCCUGCCGCGCCCGCCAACCUGCACGGCCCCCACCCAGGCCUCCUGCUUGGGUCCCCGGUCCCGACGCAGCCUGCCCUGGGGGCCUAUCCCACCACCACACCCGGGAGCCGCCAGUGUGCCCUGCUGCACCCACAUCCACUACGCUACCUGCUGCUCUCAGCCCCGGCUGAAGCGCCCAGGAGUGCGGAACGCGCGGACUUGGCAAUUCCCAGCACUCUCCAGUCGUGCAGCCCUCGCUGGGCUCACAGCCUUGGGAGGAGGGCAAGGGCCCGGUGUCGAGGCCUAGAGGCGGGCACACCUCCUUCAGCAUUGAGAGUAUUAUGCAAGGAGUCAGCGCUGAGGGAAGAAGGGCCACGCAGAGUCUGCCCCCGACUCCAUGGGGCUACUGCCACCUGCUCCAGCACCCGUCGUGCCUGUCGGACAAUUUUACAGCAGCAGCAGCAGCAGCACUGUGUCAGCAGCUGUGCUACCAGCAAAGGAACGCUGUUGGGCCGGCACCUGUCUGCCGUCGCGGCGCUACUAAGGUACCAGCCGGUAGCAGAGGGCUCUAGACCGACUUCGCUGGCCGCCUCUUCUGGUGGAGAGGGGACUUCACCAGCCUUUUGA